GAGUUCUCCCCGUGGCCGCCAUUAUAGAAAGGAAUCCAUGAAUUCAAAUGGAAACCAUCAGGAACAGAGACCGAAAUAAUGGCUAAAAUGACCGAAUAUUUUUAAUCACAUGUUAGGUUUCGAGAAUCUUUUUACGGAAUGUUUUUCUAUUUUAAGUCUAUUCGGGUGGUGAUGGAGGCGUAGAGGGUCGUUUUAGUAAAGACCGUUGUAAGCUAAGGGGGAGGGGGAGAGUUGCUUCUUUGCUCUCCCUUUUCUUUUUGUUUUAAGAACAUUUUACGCUUGUGUUUUUAAUGAAGUUUAUAUAUGCUCGUUUACUCGACGCGGAGUUGCGCUGCUUCUAAUAUUUAAGGUGAUAUUUAAGGCGAACAAGAGCAGUCGUAUGGGGUUGUUGAAUUACAUUCUCCAACCGAUUGUUUAAAAUAAUUCUCUUAGCUCCGCUUGCAGCCAACAUAUAAAAUACAUUCGAAAGCCGUUCUUUCUUUCCUGGGAACAGUAAUGAUGGAAUGUUCGACCCUGCUGUGAAAGGAUGAGUUCUUGUUUUGUACCAAACGGGGCCAGCUUGGAGGAUUGCCAUUCCAAUCUAUUCUGUCUGGCCGACCUGACAGGGAUAAAAUGGAAGCGGUACGUCUGGCAGGGGCCCACCUCGGCGCCCAUGCUGUUUCCGGUGACGGAGGAGGACCCCAUCCUGGGCAGCUUCAGCCGGUGCCUCCGCUCGGACGUGCUGAGCGUGUGGAGGAGGAGCCAGAGGCAGGGCCGGCGCGAACUCUGGCUCUUCUGGUGGGGCGACGACCCCAACUUCUCUGAGCUUAUCCACAAUGAGCUGACCGCUGAGGAUGACGGCGUUUGGGAGAGUGGCCUGUCGUACGAGUGCCGCACGCUCCUGUUCAAAGCCAUCCACAACCUGCUGGAGCGCUGCCUGAUGAACCGCAGCUUUGUGCGCCUCGGCAAGUGGUUCGUCAAGCCCUACGAGAAGGACGAGAAGCCCAUCAACAAGAGUGAGCACCUCUCGUGUGCCUUCAGCUUCUUCCUGCACGGCGACAGCAACGUGUGCACCAGUGUGGAGAUCAACCAGCACCAGCCCGUCUACCACCUCAGCGAGGAGCACCUCACCCUGGCCCAGCAGGCCAGCACCCCCUUCCAAGUGAUUCUCAGUCCAUUUGGACUGAACGGGACGCUGACGGGACAGUCCUUCAAGCUCUCGGACCCGCCCACCCAGAAGCUCAUCGAGGAAUGGAACCAGUUCUAUCCCAUCAGCCCAGCCAAGGAGAACGCCGAAGACAAGACGGAGGACGCAGACUGGGAGGACGACUCCCUGGCUGCGGUCGAGGUCCUCGUCGGUGGUGUUCGAAUGGUGUACCCUGCGUGUUUGGUGCUGGUGCCCCAGUCGGACAUCCCCAUCGUGGUCCCGGUGGGGGCCUCCCAUGGCUCGGCCAUUUAUUCGGGUGGCCACCAAGUGCCUGUGUCCCAGCGUGACCCUGCCAUCUCGUCGGUCACCCUCACCCCGCCCACAUCACCUGAGGAGGCUCAGACAGUGGACUCUCAGUCGGCUCAGAAGUGGAUGAAGCUGUCUUCUGUGAUGGACGGCUUCAGCACGGACACCACCAGUCACCACGGCGGCAAGAUCCCUCGACGCAUGGCCGGCCAAGUGGUGGAGCGCGUCUGGCAGGAGUGCAACCUCAACCGCACGCAGAACAAACGGAAAUUCUCAGUGACGACCAACGGUACCAGCGAGGCGGACGUCCCGGAGAAGGUCGGCGCGUGGGACUUUGUGGAGGCCACGCACAGGUCCACCUGCCUAUGUUCCAGACAUAAAAAUCUGAAGCAGCGAGCAGGCGUUCCCCCCGGGCAGCCACCCAGUGCAGGCCAGGCCCCCCAGCCGCCCACCAAGCACAAGACGGGCGAGAAGCCUGAGAAGGCGGAGAAGCAGCAGAAGCCUGAGCGAUCCCCCUUUCACCACCUCCAAGCCACCUGCGGCCCGCGUGGCCCUGGGCGGGUUCCUGGAGUCGAUCGGUCGCCCUGGCCCUCCGGGGCUCCGAUGGCAUCACCACGCCCGCCCAAGCCUGCCGCUCCCGGCCUGCGGGCUGCCGAGGUGGGCUCCGUGUCCUCCAAGCCCCCCCAGCUGCACGGAGGAGCCACCGGAGGGGCAUCGGGCCCCGGGGGCCCCUCGGAGAUGGGCGGCUUCAGCCCCCUCGCCCCGCUGAGCCAAGACCCGUCGGGCGACCGCGCAGGAGGGCGUCGUCCGGCCUCUUAGAACCCUCCCCGCCCCCACAGCCAGCACUUCUACCCGGCGCCCCCGUCCUCCGAGCCCUGCUUGCUACCGCAGCAGAAGGGCGCCUCCGGUGGUGGAGGCGGCAGCAGCGGCGGCGACGAGCCCCGACUGGAGCCGCCCUUCCACCCUGGCCGCCCUUCGCACCCCUCGAGUCUCCUGGGGCCCAAUCACGUGGGCGCCGCCGUCAGUAUGGAGGAGGAGGUCGGAGGAGGGUCCGGCGGAGGAGGGAGCCACGCGCCGUGGCGCUUCUUCAACCUGCCGCGGAGGAAAAACGCCGAGUUCCCCACGCCGGCGCUGCCCGGCGACAAGCUGCGUGAGGAGGCCGCGCUGGGCCAGGACGGCAUCGUGUCCGUCACUGAGUUGAUGGCCACGUCCAAGAGGCCUCUGAAGGUGUCGGAAGAGCGCGUGCAGAUGUACGUCCAGCAGCGGAACAAGUACCUGUCGUCAGCCACCAUCUCCGACGGCGACCUCGAGUCCAGUGGACCAGACGCCUGAAAGACGGCGGCCGCCAAGUUCUUCUUCUCCAUCAACCAGCCAGCGAUCAAGUCAGGGAGAGAACGCGAGCCGGGGAAAAAGCACAAGGGGGAAGAUGGUGGAUCUGGAUCUUCAGACGACCCUCAGCGUACAACACCCCUCAGUCGCACCGCCCCAGCCAGCCUGAUCCACGAUAAAGACCUGGCCGUCUCCAUGAACGACCUGGACAACCUCUUCAAUUCGGACGAGGAUGAGCUCACGCCCGGUGCCAGGCGAGGUGUCAACGGGACCGACGACAAGUUCGGCGCCAAGGAGCCCAAGCCGGCCACGCUGGACCCUGUGUCCUGCAUCAGCUCUGCCGACCUGCACCAGAUGUUCCCCACUCCACCUUCUCUGGAGCAGCACAUCAUGGGCUACUCCCCCAUGAACAUGGGCAGCAAGGACUACGGCAGCAACGACCCCGGGACCGGCAUGACCUCGCUGGACGGGGCCGCCAUGCUCGGGGGCCAGUUCAAGAUGGAGGUGGAGGAGAGCUUCUGCAGCCCCAAGCCCUCGGAGAUCAAGGACUUCUCGUUCGUGUACAAGGCAGACCUGUGCCAGGCGUUCGUGGGCUGCUCCAUGUUCGCUCCGCUCAAGAUGCUGCCCAGCCAGUGUAUGCAGCCCAUCAAGGUGCCCGACGAGUGCAUCUAUAGACCUAGCUGGACCGUGGGCAAGCUGGAGCUGCUCAACUCCAUGCCAUCCAUGACCUUCCUCAGCAAGGAUGGUAACAUCCCCAGUGUGGGCAGUGCCAUGGAGCAGGACUACAGCCAAUCAUACACGCCGCAGACGCACACGCCCUUCAUGUCCAACAGCGCGCCGCCCAGCAACAGCGCCGCCACGGGCAUCCUGCCCUCGCCGGCCACGCCCCGCUUCUCGGCGCCCACGCCCCGCACGCCCCGAACCCCCCGCACGCCCCGCGGCCCCUCCAGCGUGCAGGGCUCGCUCAAGUACGACAACUCGGACCUCUACUCGCCGGCGUCGACGCCCUCCACGUGCCGGCCGCUCAACUCGGUGGAGCCGGCCACCGUGCCGUCGAUCCCGGAGGCGCACAGCCUCUACGUGACGCUCAUCCUGUCCGAGUCGGUCAUGAACCUGUUCCGCGACUGCAGCUUCGACAGCUGCUGCGUGUGCGUGUGCAACAUGAACAUCAAGGGCGCCGACGUCGGCGUCUACAUCGCCGACCCCAACAUGGAGGCGCAGUACCCGUGCAGCUGCGGCUUCAGCGCCGUGGUCAACCGCCGCUACGGCAACGGCUCGGGCCUCUUCCUGGAGGACGAGCUGGACAUCAUCGGCCGCGGCUCGGACGUGGGCCGCGAGGCGGAGAAGCGCUUCGAGGUGCUGCGCAUGUCCUCGCUGGAGAGGACGGGCGGCGUCGGCGGCAAGGACCGCGUGCCGGACGAGCUCAUCCUGCUCCUGCAGGACCAGUGCACCAACCCCUUCUCGCCCAUCACGAGCGUAGAGGCCGACAGCACGGGCAGUGGUAGUGGCGGCGGCGUGGGAGUGCCCGGUGCGAUGCCCACGGCGCCACCGUGCGUGCGCGUCGAGGAACGGGACUUCCACAGCGACUGCUACAUGGCCCUGGAGCACGGCCGGCAGUUCAUGGACAACAUGUCGGGAGGGAAGGUGGACGAGACGCUGGUCAAGAGCACCUGUUUGCACCACUGGGCCAAACAGAGCGCGGUGGAUGUGAGUGCUCUGUGCUCUCAGGACGUUCUGCGGGUUCUGCUCUCGCUCCAGCCUGUUCUUCAGGACGCUAUCCAGAAGAAGAGGACGCUGCGCUCCUGGGGAGUCCAGGGUCCUCUGACCUGGCAGCAGUUCCACAAAAUGGCUGGACGAGGCUCGUAUGGCACGGAUGAGUCUCCAGAGCCCUUGCCCAUCCCCACGUUCCUGGUGGGCUACGAGUAUGACUUUGUGGUGCUGUCCCCCUUCGGCCUCCCUUACUGGGAGAAGCUGCUGCUGGACCCCUUUGGCUCGCAGCGAGACGUGGGCUACCUGGUGGUGUGUCCAGACACCGACGCCCUACUCAGCGGAGCCAAGAGCUUCUUCAAGGAGCUCACAUCCGUCUAUGAGUCCUGUCGUCUCGGCCAGCACCGGCCCAUCUCCAAGCUCCACGCAGACGGCAUCGUCAGAGUGGGAGGGGCUGCCGCUAAGAAGCUCUCAGACCAACCUGUCAGCGAUUGGUUCUUGAAAGCAGCCAGUGGCAACAACGACUCCUUCGCUAAGCUCAAGCUCUUCGCUCAAGUCUGCAGGCACGACCUCGCUCCAUACCUCUCUGCUCAGCAAUUGGAUGCCUCCCUCCUCACCCAGCCAAACCCCGCCCCUGCCGCCUCCAGCCAAUCCUCAACCGCACAGUCCUCAGGCUCCACCGGCUCCCAGGGCCGCGGCCCGGUGUCUAGUCCUUGAGCGCCCGUCUCCAGCUGGUGCCCCGGGAACAACGGCAGUGCCAACGCCGCAGGCCUGGCGUCGGGCACCGCCGGGGGUACCCCUGCCUCGUCCAACACCUCGUCGUCGUCAUCGUCGUCCUCGGGCCCCCAGGGCGCCGGUGCCAUGCAGUCUGCCAAAUCCAGCUCCUUCGCGCCCUUCGGGAGCAUGGGCGCACAGGCGGGCUCCAUGAACCAGCAGACGGGCGGCCAGAACGCCGGACUCCCCGGAGACGGCACGGCCGGCGUGAAUCAGACGCCAGCGCCCACGGAGCCCCCCGAGAGCACCAUGGAGAAGGAGAAGGUGGGUGUGCCUACGGACGGCGACUCCCACGCCAUCACGUACCCGCCGGCCAUCGUCAUCUACAUCGUCGACCCGUUCUCGUACGAGGACGCGGACGGCACGUCGGCCCACUCAAGUGUGUGGACCCUCGGCCUGCUACGCUGCUACCUGGAACUGGUGCAGCACCUGCCGCCCCACAUCCGCAACUCCAUCUCCGUGCAGAUCAUCCCAUGUCAGUACCUGCUGCAGCCUGUGCGGAGCGAGGAGCGCCACAUCUAUGCCCAGCACCUCAAGUCCCUGGCCUUCUCAGUCUUCUCCCAGUGCCGGCGGCCGCUGCCCGCCUCCACCAACGUCAAGUCACUGACGGGCUUCGGCCCGGGCCUGGCCCUGGACACUGCCCUCAAGAGCCCAGAGAGGCCAGAGUGCUUGCGGCUGUACACGCCGCCGUUCAUCCUGGCGCCAGUGAAGGACAAACAGACGGAGCUGGGCGAGACGUUCGGUGAGGCCUCGCAGAAGUACAACGUGCUCUUCGUGGGCUACUGCCUGUCCCAUGACCAGCGCUGGCUGCUUGCCACUUGCACCGACCAGUUCGGAGAGCUGCUGGAGACGUGCAUCAUCAGCAUCGACGUGCCCAACAGGGCGAGGAGGAAAAAAGGCUCUGCCCGAAGAGUGGGCCUGCAAAAGCUGUGGGAUUGGUGCUUGGGUUUGGUGCAGAUGACAUCAGUGCCCUGGAGAGUCGUGAUUGGCCGCCUCGGGCGGAUAGGACACGGCGAGUUAAGAGACUGGAGUAUUCUGCUAAGCAGAAGGAAUCUGCAGUCUCUAAGCCGCCGGCUGAAGGACAUGUGCAGGAUGUGUGGCAUCUCUGCCGCCGACACACCCAGCAUCCUCAGCGCCUGCCUCGUUGCCUUGGAGCCCCAGGGCUCUUUUGUCAUCAUGCCAGACUCUGUGUCGACGGGUUCGGUGUUUGGCCGCAGCACCACCCUGAACAUGCAGACGUCCCAGCUGAGCACCCCUCAGGACACGUCCUGCACGCACAUCCUGGUGUUCCCCACCUCUGCCUUCGUCCAGGUGGCCACCUCCAACUACACCACUGAGAACAUCGACAUUGCCUUCAACCCCAUCAACGAUGGAUCAGACGCAAUAGGUGGCAUCUUUGACCUCCUGGAGCAGGAGAAUGAAAUGGUGGACCCCGACAUCAUCAACAUCCUCCCAGCCUCCCCCACCACCUCGCCGGUGCACUCGCCAGGAUCUCAUUACCACCACGGAGGAGACGGCAGCAAGGGCCAGAGCACCGAUCGCAUGGAGUCUCAUGAGGAGACCCCCAACAUCCUCCAGCAGCCCCUGGCUCUCGGCUACUUCGUGUCCACGGCUAAAGCGGGCCCACUGCCCGACUGGUUUUGGUCGGCCUGCCCGCAAGCCCAGAACCAGUGCCCUCUCUUUCUCAAGGCCUCGCUACAUAUUCAUGUAUCCUCAGUGCAGUCAGACGAGCUGCUCCACAGCAAACACUCUCACCCUCUCGACUCCAAUCAGACCUCAGACGUACUCAGAUUUGUGCUGGAGCAGUACAAUGCCCUGUCCUGGCUGACCUGUGACCCUGCCACACAGGACCGCCGCUCCUGUCUGCCUAUCCACUUUGUGGUGCUCAACCAGAUGUACAACUUCAUCAUGAACUUGUUGUGAAGCGUUACAAAGGCUGUGAAACAGCCGAGCAGGAUUGUUUUUUUUUUUUGUUUGUUUGUUUUGUUUUUUUUAACCAGUUGGGAACGAAGAGACCAUCAGUGGAGGGGGGUGGGAGGGUAUGGAGAUGCACCCUGAAGAGGAGAUGUAGCGUGUGCAGGUGCAGAUGUGCUCUGGAUUUUUCUAUAAUCGAAGAUGAUGGCUCAGGAGAUGUGAACAAGAACAAGGGUUCCUGUUUGCUGGCUGUGACCCAGGAUUAUGCCUGCGGUGCAGCCUCCCCCUUUUGAUGUCAAGGACACUCUUAUGUAAAGAAAAAAACAAAAUGCUCUCAGCAAGAGGGAAAGAAGGAGUCAGCGGGAAAACGGAAAGAUGUGGUUUUGGGAGUAAAGAAGCUCGGCCACAUGACACGAGAUGAAGAACAACAGUGUGAUUUUCUGCCGUUGGUGUGUUCAUCAUUGUAAUCUGACCUGUUUUUAAAGACUCCCUGCAAUGAAUGGAAAUGAAAUUGAUUGUUGGUGAUGGUGAUGCUAGCAACACUGAGCAUAUUCAUCACGGCUAACCGCAGGUGCUUUGACAUCAGAAUCAGCCGGUUCGUGUCGGAAAUGUGUCUGUAAAUUAUUGGAAGCAAAGGGACAUUUCAAUCUAAAAGGAAACCAUGGGUUUUCAACUCCCUGAAGUUCCCUGUUUGAAUACCUGCAUUGUUCUUAUUUAUUGUUUCUAAAUGUAUAAUUUGUUUUAUUUCUUAACUUCUUUUAUAUAUGAAAUGUUCUAGAAGGUUUAUAUUGCCUUCCUGCUUUAAAGCAAUUGGUCUAAAAUGCGUUAUUGUCUUAAUUAAAAAAAAUUACAAACACACAAAAACAACAAAAAAUAUAAUGAAGUUCCAGUAGGUUGCUUUUAGAAUAUUAUUUUUUGUAAGGGAGACAGAAUAUUUGUAUUGUCACAUUGUACAGAAGAAAUAGGUUGGGGUUGGGUGGGGAAAAUACGUCCAUGCCUCGGUGUGAGAGCUGGGGGGUGUGGGGCAGGGAGGCUGAAUUGCAGCUAAGCUGUUGCUGAGGAGGGCAUGUACAGCAAUGAUUUCACUGUGUUAAAAAUAAAGAGGUACAUUGUCGUAUAUAGUAUUUUAUACAACACAUUUAGACCCAGAAAAAAUGGCAAUAUAUAAAUAAUUAUAUUUGAAUUUCGUGCCAGACAUGGGUGGUGCGGCUUCUGUUUUAGGAAUAAAGUGCGUCAACUCGA